CGGCCACAUUCAAAGUCCGACACGGCGCCCACGAAACAUGAUCGCGCCAUUUGCGCCCUCCAUUAGCGAGCUCCAAGCCAUUCCACAGCCAUACAAAACGCGUCUCGCGCUCGCCGGCUGUGUCUACGUGCUGCUCUCGACCGCUCUCAGUCUCUACUUUCUGCUCGUCGUCUUGCAGCCCAAUAUCGCCAACGACCUCUGGUGGGCGGGUUUCACGACGUCCGGACCACAGACCUUCCUCGCCGACAUCUUUCACCGGCGUCUCCAGCUCGCAACUUCAUAUGCAGUCCCACUGACGUCACCCGAGGUCGUUUUGGAAAAGGUCUAUGGCGAUGACGCCAGUACCUUUAUCGACAUGACGAUGUCGCUCUCGCGCCAAGUACUCUUGGCCAACAUCUCGUUUGAUACGGUUAUCCGUGCGAUACGGCACACAAGCUUUGAUCGAAACGCGCGCAUGUUUGCGCAGUACUGCUGGGUCGAUAUGGGUCGCGUCUACGAGCUCUCGACCACCGCGCGUCGCCAAGCGCGGUGUGAUCGCAGUAUGACGCACAACGGCGCUGUCUAUUGGGAACCGCUGCUGCGCAACUCGGUACCCCAAGACGUUGUCAAUGGCUCGUACGGGAGCUCGCUCGCGGUGUCACUUUUCCAGCAUAUCCAGAGCUCGGACGCUGGCGCCUCUUGGCUCGAAUCGCUUUGGGCGACGCACUGGCUACCAAUCGACGACGAAGUGCGUCUCUGGUACGACGUUGGGCUAACGUACUGGCAAACGCAGCUGACCAACUACUACGAACAAGGACUCCAGGAGACGAUUCAAAUUGAGAACGCGCUUGGCCUGCACACACGUGUGACGAUCCACACCACGUCCCAAAGCUACCGCGGCUUGGCCUUGUGGUCGCUGUCCGUAGCGUACCAAGGACUAUGGAACGACGUGUUUACGUGUCAAGCCAUCCAUUGCAGUCUCAUUCGCGGCGCCACCAACGCGUCCGACGACAUCAAGUUGCGCUGGGAAGUGCUCUCGUACGCGCUGCAAGUGGACGCGAUCCUCGGACCCUUUAUCGAUCAGCAUGUCGGACCUAUGGGCAGCAUGGACGUUGUCCUCGCCCCAAAGCCAACGCCGCUCGAAGCGUAUUUCUUGACGUACCAGCAACGUGUGGUGCCCAUGUUGCUCGCAUCUGUUUCCAACUACUUCACGCUGGCCCCCGUCACCGUCGACGUCGUGCCUUUGCACUGGCGCGGCGCCGAUAUCAGCUACUUUACAGGCAACCCCAUGUGCAACACUCUUUUACGACGCGUGUUCGGCGCAACGACCUAG